UUUAAUUUGCGUGAAUUAAGUGAAGCUUUUGGCAGAUAAUUAAUAUUGUUGUAAGAGCGGAACACGCAACAAUAAUGGCUGUUACGCUGCUUACUUUUCUUUGUCUCGCAUCUUUUCACUGCGCCGUUUGCGCAGAUCUGUUCUCAGAGUACGCUCACAAUGCAGUUUUGGACACAGCGGAGAAGAUGAAACUGUUUUGGACCGUUGAUUGGGACGCGGAAACUGUUUCCUUUGCCUUGGAGGCGGCCACCACAGGAUGGGUUGGAUUUGGGUUCUCUGGUCGUUCUGGGCAAAUGGUUGGCAGUGAUGUCGUGAUCGGAUGGGUGAAAGAUAACAAAGGAUAUCUUACGGUAAAGAGAUGACUUAAAUAAUGCAAAUAUCUAUAGGUAACGCUUUGUUGUUGUUAUAUAUUACAAACCUGAUUGCCGAGACAGUGAAACUGGAUGGGAAGAUCAAGAGAGGGAGUCAGGGACUUCUGAAACUGUGAAUAUUUUCAUAUAUCACUAUUAGUCCGCACUAAAAAGUUCUCAGUAAAAGGCUGUUGCACAACGCAUUUUUUCUUUUGUACGGCCUGGGCCGGGUCCAUCAUGUUUUUCGAAAGUCUCGGAUCUUUUUCUUAAAACGUAAUUAUAAAUAGAUUUUGCAAUGCUGUAUGUACUUGUGUAGUCCUGCAAAUAUAGCUUGUUGUUGUCGGUAAAGAGUUCCGGGCCCGAAAACUAGUCAAGAUACAGAUUAAAAUCUAAGAAAUAUAAAAAGCGCAGGUCUGUGCUAGCAAACUAAUCUAUUUUGUUUCGAUAAUGGAUGGUUGUAUCAUGUAUCAUCUGCACAAUUAUUGAAACCUCGAUCUUGAACAAAAACAAGAAUAGCUUUUUUUGGUUCGUUACGUAUACUAAUCGGGAGUUUAGAUACUCUGGAUGCCAGAGGCUUUUCAUGUGCGGUUUCCGGUUUCAGUAAAGUCGGGCCAAAGUUUUUCUCCUCUCGAAAAGAAAAAAAUAGUUCUUUAUUUGAGUGUCAGGGUAUUUAGCACUAAAGUACUAAUUGGAGACACUAUUUUUACGUCUCCAACGGGAGACGGGACGCUACCCGUUUGCAGGGCAAAGGCAGUACCUUCAUUUCUCAGUUAUUUUUAAGACUCUGAGUAUUGGUCCCGUCCCGGGAAACGAACCCGAAAACUCCCGCUCUACAGUCAAGCCCUCUACCGACUGAGCUAAUCCUACCGCGGUGAUGAGAGAAAAAAAAAAGAUGAUGUGAAAAAAAAAAAAAAGAACUAACAAAAACAAAAAUACAAAAACAAAAAAAACAAAACAAAAAAACAACAACAUAGACAUUUCUUUGAAUGAUUGAUUUUUGGUAUAUUUUCCCAUUUGAAAGCCUGAGAGAAAAUGAGAUUAUAUGUUAACUACUGAUCGAUAGCGUUUAUAAGAUAGUCCUAGUAACUCAUAACUUCAUGGGCAUCAGAACAUUUUUUACCACGCCGAAUAAAACUCUCUCAACAAAAACAAUCAACAAUCAACAACAACAACACAUCAAACACUGAACAAUAACAAUCCAACAAUGCAUGCAGGUUUACUCGUUUGUGCUAUCUCCUUACCCAUAUCAAUGUCACAUAGUAAAGAUUCUUAACAUGCCCUCACAAAGCAUUGAAAUACAACUUUCACGGUUAGGAAUUACGCAAGGAGAUAUUUAACAACUUUGUGUUGCAUAAUUCAGGUGUAGGAUGAUGUGUAUCGACAUGUCCUCUGUAGAUAGGUAACAUAUUGCCACAGACACUGAUCAUGACAGUGAUGCUUUAUUUGUCGUAUUUCAGUUUCUUCAGUGAGAGAGCAAGUAAGCAUUGCUAAGUGUGGGGCGGAGUCUGCGUUUGGAUUUUUUAUUAGCUCAUGAAACUGAAUGACGUAUUUUCAGAAACAGAGUUAGUUGUAACAACGAAAUUGUUGAACUAAAUGAGCCACACUGAACGUAACAGCUCUAGUUCGCGGUCACCGUUAAGAUUUAUUAAUUGGACGUCUCUUAUAUGUACGUCUAAUUGGAAACGACAUUUUAUUACAAUCAAGAAAUUAUAUAUUUUGAGAUGAAGUUCAGCAAUCAUGCCUAACUUCUUUGCCAAUUUUAUCAGUUGUCUUUCACCUGUUUUUUUGGCAGCAAACACCUUUCCGCUUAACUACGACGGCUUGAAUCCAUGCAGUAACCCCUAGGGGGAGGGGAAGUCUCUAUAAUGGCCUGUACAGGGAGGCUCCGCCCUAAAUAGGUACAUUUUUCAGGCGUCAGGUAUAUGAUAGUUGAAACAUAUGUCGAAAGGUUAGGGAAAAGCCCAAACGGGCUAACAGAUUUUUUGGCCUUUAGGAAGAAGAGAAAACGUUCCGGUUUUGUGAUUUAUACCUAUUUUAAAGACAGUUCAUUUUGUAGCAGUUAAAAGGGCCAGAUGCAAACUUCUAAAUGAGGUAUGUGAAAUGGGCAUCAUUUGUCAAUAGGAGGUAUAUGAGAGGGGUACCCUGUCUGCUGCCAAAAGGCCCGGUAUAUAAAAGGUUGGGUAAGGAAUUGGACCUCGGGGCAGAGCCUCCCCAGUAUGAAACUCUGUUGAGUACCCCCCCCCCCCGGGCCACAUACACUAAACGACAACGAAUCAUAUCUGUAACCUGCUAGACACGAACAUUUACAUUAUUUUUCCGCAAUGGUGUUGUGGGCAAUAAUAAAACGUUAACUUAAUAAUCUGAUCAAUUUUGCUAUCUACUUAUAAUAAAUUUUUUCAUUGUUACGGGCUAAAUUUAUAAAACCUCUCUCGCAGGAUCGUUACGCUGAUGACAAAGCAAUUCCACUGAUAGACGGACAGCAAGAUUAUAAACUUGCGGAUUUCCAAGAAAGCGACGGAAAAACUCUGCUUAAGUUCACGAGGAAAUUUGACACCUGCGAUCCACGUGACAGGAAACUUGAGGUAUGUGUUUAAUUUUUGCUCAUUGAAUUAUCCCUUGAAGGGAAAGUAAUCCAUUUGCUAUUUGCACAUCUUCCAAAGUAUAUCUUGUUCACUCGGAAAAGUUUUGCUUGAAUUAUGUUUCCAAUUCCUGUUGGGACGAUUGUAAUACCCAGGAGAAAUUAAAAGCAAAAGUUAUGCAAAAUGUUUGGGUGCAAACAAUGUGUAUUAUGAAAGAUCGAUGUGCAAAUAGAGGAGACAGUAUUCAUAGCAAUUCACUUUCAACCACUCACAAAGGCGGGUUUUUGCUAGGCUUAUAAAGGUAGGUUUCACAAGGCUUUCAGAGGCGGGAUCCACAAGGCUUUCACAGUCCGGUUUAAAGGCGAUCAAAAAACUAACUAUAUCUUCGCUACAUCAGAAUUUUUCACGUGUUUCCGGUUGUAAAACGAUCUUAAAUCCAUUACGUAAUCAAAUACGCGCUCAGUCCCGAACAAAGGAUUUGAGAAUUUGUAUCUUGUAAGCCCCUCACCUGCGCAUGCGCGAACUCUCGUUGGCUAUCUUGCGCACAUCUAAACGUUCCGGUCAAAUUUUCUGAGCUUGCCUUGCAUUUUUCCAAAACUGGUUAAAAGCACUUACCCAAGCCUAAAAGCUGGCUUCUCUUUUAAUAGACCCUUCCACGGGUUUGACAACUUCUGAUUGGGACCAAUUGGCGAAAAUGCGUCCACACGGCUGGAAAGAACGCCUUAAAAUCAUCUAAGUUACCAAGUUUGAAAGUGAUUUUAAGAUAUAGCUUACCCUGGGUGCCAGAGGCUUUUCAUGCGCGGUUUCCGGUUUCGGUUAAGUCUUAAAAAGUGACCCGCGCUCAGCCUUCGGCAAAAGAAGAGUCGGCCUGCGACCGACGAAGCUCCUCGUCGCACACGAGAAAAUACCUGUGGUAACCAGGGUAGAUAUAGCUUCGCAAUGUCGCGAAUUAUUACAGACGUUUGUGUGGUGAGGGCAAGUUCGUGCCCUCUACCGUACAAACCUCUGUACAAUUUCGCGACUUUGUAGAGCAAUAAAUUUUCUCUCUUUAGGCGUACCACCUUUAAACUUGGCAAGCAGUGUCGAUGGAUAUUCACAUAAUGUUCUUAAUAAAGAAUUUAAAAAAAACACGGAAGGGUCUGUUAUGUUUGAGGUACGAGAUGAAAGUUGCAGGUGAAACUUCAGGGGCUUUAUCGGGAGUUGUUUUAAUUUCAAGGCAUGGCACUUUGUCCAAUACUUUCAGAAAUCAUCGGGUCUGACGGAUAUAUUUUUUGGGGGACUGCACAUCUCUGACCCUUCCCCUGAAAUCACCACUGUUCACCAAAUGAGAUAAAAGUUCGAUGAAUGACUGAAAAUAUUGGAUGGUAACUCUCUCCUUUUUUAUAGGACGGUGCUACCAAAGUUGUAUUUGCGUAUCAUUCUGAAGAUCCAGUAUCCUCAACAGAGAUGAAAUACCAUGAGUUCAGAGGCACUAAAACCAUCCUACUAUUGAACAGUAUGGAUAAAAGAAACGUUAAUGAAACUGGAUGGAAAAAGUUCACUUUUAAUGCAAACAACGUAAGUAUGUCUAAAGGGGCUGUGCACGACUUUGCUUAUCCCAAUUACACAUUCUUAUCCGCAAUGGAAUAAACAUUAGCGAACAAAUUCCUUGCAUAUGACACAAUUACAACUUUAUGUUAAACAUACAUGUCUCCCAAUUAUAUCAAACAUCACAAACACCAAAAAUGAAGUUUGAAAAGUUGUUAGCCUUACAAGUUUUCAAAACCACUAGCGUAAAUUUCCGAAAAUAAGCCCCUCCAUGUAUAAGCCCCUCCAAAUAUAAGCCCCCCAAACCCGUAAUGCAAAAAAACCCUCCGUUAAAUCGCCCCCUCCAAAUAUAACCCCCCGGGGGCUUGUACUUGGAAAAUUGCCCUCAAAUUACAAAGUAAAACAAAGUAAAAACGGUAAAUUUACUUCCAACUAUAAGGCUAGCCCAAUCGACUUUGAAACGCAAAUUUCCCUCCGUAGAUAAGCCCCUCCAAAUAUAAGCCCCUCAAAAUAUAAGCCCCUCAAAAAGGGCCUUUGAAAAACAUAAGCCCCGGGGCUUAUUUUCAGAAUUUUACGGUAUUUUAAUCCGUUUCAAUCUUCUUCAAGUUUGUCCACCCGUGCCCUUUUUUGUAUUUGCAGUGUUGUUUUUACCUUCCUUUAAUGUUUUGAGCGUUAAUUUUUAUGUUUCACUAAGUUUGGUGGCAGUUCGCACUGUUUGAAUUUCGAUAAAUUUCGUGACACAGCUCAGCUUUAAAAGAAUUCUGUUGCAUGAAUUACAUUUGAUACAAGCUGCUGCAAAAAUAACUCCAGAAAUACGGGACGGAAGGUUAAUGGUGGAAGCCAAUUUCCGACAACUCAAACUCAAUGCAAAGGAUUUACGUUGCGAAGUGGUCCUUUCAGUUCGGCUUGUCGGUAAACCAAGUAAGAUCGGGUCGCCUUCCUGCAAUUAUCACUUGCUCGAUUCCAGAAUCACCUCACACACAUUCGCGCCAUUUUUUGAUGAACUAAAAGAAUUCGCAGAUCUUUAGUGUGCUGGUAGGUCUCUUACCAUUUUGUAAUUGGGCAACCAAACCGUGAACCGGAUUUGUCUUUCAUAUAGUACGCACCCUCUGUAUGGGAAAUGACGUCUUUUUUUGGAAUAUUUUCAUUGCAUUAUCUAUAACAGACGUCAAAAAAGGAAAUAGUAGAUUUUUACAUGCAGGCCACUUCUCCGUGGAACAAAUUUAAAAAAUCUGCAGAAUGAACGACAAUUGUUGUGACAGAUUCUGAAGUUUAUAGACCAUAAUUCGUAGUGAUACGUCAACUGAUUAUCGUAUACAUUGUCCUUAAAGGAGACAAUUCCAGGAGGCGACAAGACCACCUACAUGUGUACGCUGCUGAAAGGCCCGGAACUGACAUCAAAACACCACGUCACAAAGGUAGCUGUUGGAAAAGUAACAAUAGAAAAUUAUAGUGAUAAUGAUAAUGAUACAAGAAUGGGAGUGGCUAAAUUGCUAAGAGGAUAAUAAUAUUUUGUUUUUUUUUCUCCUUACCAGUUAAUCAAUAAUAUUCGACGUCUCGUGUUUACUUGUUCCCACUAAUUUUAGUAAUCUUUUCACUAAAGCUAAUGAAGCUAAUGAAAAGCAUGAACACGAAAUCAAGUUUUCUUCCUCCUGCAAUUUUUGCAUUGACACAUCAGACUGAAUCAAAACCAAGGUUCUUUUGCUAGGUUCGAAGCUAAGCUGUGAAUUGGAACUCGAUUCCCGAUGAACUCUAAAAAACUCACUUAAACUCACUUAUAUUAAAAUUGGUUUGGAGAGUAACUUUUAAAAUCCAUUCCAAUUUCAGGAAAAAAACUGUAUGGAUUUCUAUGGUUUUUUUUUCUUAUUCUUCCUGGAUGUGCCAAUUAAUCCCAUGAAUCAUGAAGUUAGUUUUUGUGACGAUUAAUCACCUCUUUACUUGACCACAAUUAUUUCAUUCGUGUGAAAUUUAUAGCAAAAGGAAAGUCAUAUAUACGUAUUUAAUCACUCUCUAUUUUUUUUUAGACUGUUCCUCAUAUUCAGAAAGGAAACGAAGGUUUCGUGCAUCACAUGCUACUGUUCGAGUGUGAAGGAAACUUUACUGAGGAGCAUUUCAACAAGGGCGUGAAUUGUCAUGAUCGAGCCAAUAUGCCGUUUUUGAAAUGCAAGUCUUCAUCAAUUGUGGCAGGCUGGGCUGUAGGGGCAAUGGUAAGAACACUCAUACAUUUCAAUCUAAAUAGGACCUUCAUCAGUAUUUGUGUUGACUUUAUGGUCAAAUUUAGUCCGAACAAAGACCAAAAUACUGUGUGAGAGAGGAGGCCGCCGACGGGAGAAAAGAUCGAAAAGAGUCUUGCCGUCAUUACUUUCUGAGCGAUUUUCCAAGAGUGGCUAACUCCAAUAAUUACAGUGUCAAAGCCCGCUUUAAAGACGACACCCUCUUAAUAAGGACAACUCAUUAUUGCCAACAGUUUGCUUUGUCCCUCGGGAGAUAAAGCCCCUACAUUUUCUCUAAAUUCAACUCGCUUAAUACUGACACUUUCUAUGACCCCCACAGUGUCCGUUUUAACGGGGCUUGAUUGUGCUACCCUUCCAACGUAGUUUUUACUUCUGGUCGUUUCACACUCGAAGCGCCUUCCAAAAUCGGCAAAGCUGUAAGGACAACCGGCGAGUCGAGAACUCGGAAGAUUUUUGGGGCUUUGGGCUGCGUAGUUCACUGCAAUUCUAUCCCUGUUUUUGUUCCCGGCCAAUCACAAAGCCCGGUUUUUACUAAGUGGCAUUUUGUAUAGUUCUUACUCAAGCUUUUAGUCGGUUAACUGAGUCUGUAAUGGAUAAGAAGAAUACAUAACAUUAAGGCCAACUGUUUAACUGCUUGUCACCUUCUGAAAUAUUAGGCUCCUGGACUAUUUCUUUUGUCAUCUCUCUUACAGGACUUUUACUUUCCUCCACAUGUUGGUUUCCCUAUCGGAACAAGUGACUCACCCAAAAAUUAUCUUCUGGAAAUACAUUAUGACAAUCCAAACUUCGUCAAAGGUCUGCUCAUUUUUCAAUUCAUUUAUUCAUUUUUGCAUCAUUCAUUUUUCAAUUUCUAACGUGGCAAAUAAUGUUUUGCAUGCUUUUGAAAUUUUAAAGCCUCAGGAAUUUUAUUACUAUUGAUGACAUGUUUCGUCCUGUAUGUUGCAAGGAAAAGCAAUGUUCAAAGGGUUGAUAUUUUACUUUUCUACAAAGCCGAUAGACUCCUUUGCUCGUUUUCGUGACUUUUGGGCAAGUCUACAAAGUAGAUUACCAUUUACAUGUCAUAACCUUUCCUGGGAGAAGAGAUUGUAUCUUACGAGUGGAUCAGCUUCAACCAGAAAGGGCGGGUUGGUUAAAACUAAGCUACAUUGUGAUUGUACUCAUUUCAAACGCCAUUCAGAAAGAUUUUCAGAGCGAAUUAAGUUCAUAUACGCUCAGUGAUAGGCACAACAAUAAAUAUACAAAUAAGAAUGAAGUUAUAUUCCUGAGGCUUUAAGACUUCCAAAAGCAUGCAAGGCAUUAAUAGUAAGUCUUAAUUCGUAUUUAUAAUAUAUCAAAUAGUUUUUAGUAUUUCCUUUUAGUUUUUUUAGCUGGAUUUUAAUUCGUAGGAAUUGCAUUGAUAACAGUUUUUCUAAACUGACGCAGUCAACCUGGGUAAACAUGUUCUUUAUUAUUAUUAUUAAUCUCAAGCAGCAUUUAUAAAUUGCCUGUACGUAGCGAGAUUUACAAUUGUACAUUCAAAAACAUAUUAAAGUUUCCAUUAUUAUUAUUAUAUUAUUAUUAUUAUUAUUAUUAUUAUUAUAUCAUAAUUUUUACUACUACUACUACUACCACUACCACUACCACUACCACUGCCAAUACCACUACUACUACUACUACUACUACUACUACUACUACUACUACUACUACUACUACUACUACCACCACCGCCACCACCACCACCACCACUACCACUACCACUACCACUACCAACACCACCACUAAUAAUGAAAAUAAAAAAAAUAACAGAGGUUGACAGCUUUACUUUGAACUACCCACUUCUAUAGAUGUGAUUCUAACUUUUUCCAUCAGACCAAAAAGACAGCUCAGGUCUUAGUUUCUACUACACCGACAAUUUGCGAAAAUAUGACGCUGGGAUUGUGUCUGUUGGUGUUAGAGUGAAUAGCUGGCACAUUAUUCCUCCGAAACAGAAAAACUGGUUAUCUGUUGGAUACUGCAUGCACCAGUGCACAGAAGUGAGUGUCUUUUAAUUUUGUCUUUUUCGGGUAGGGGCAUGCCUUGAUUGACUACAGAGACAAAGGAGGAUGAAUAUUUGCUUUUUGCAGCUAAAAAUAGUUGAAAACAACUUUGUUCUGCGCUCAACUCGGACAUACCAUGCAUAAGGGUAUUGUUUUUUGUAUGAAAAGUCACGAAUGUGCAAAAUUGUCGCCCUUGGAUUGUCCUUGAAAAAAUACUCGUGGUCAAUACCACAUCGCGUGAGAGUCGACUAUUGCGGAGAAAAAAGGUACAAGCCAAAUCUUACUCUACUCUUUGGAUUCUAUCACAUGACCAGAAGGCAGAGAUCCCAUGAGAUAGCACAGCGCUUGCGCAAGUCAUUGCACGAUUUGCGUUUAACGCGUUAAGUCACGAAUUUUUAAGCUCCAGUUUUUCAGCUUAAAACCUUCGAAACACGAUCUGCUGGAGAGGCCAACGUAGUUGCCUCAAUUGUUUGUCCAGCUUAGGCCCUAACGUAGUUGGGUGCCGAUAUUGGAAUCAUGUCCGAAAACAGCACAGAGAGCGCGGACACUGGAACGUCAAUGGCCGCUCAAGAUACCAGCCAAAAUAUGCCCUCAGCUAACACUUUCGCGGAUAUUUUUAAGACUGCAUUGGCUCCAGUUCUAAGCCAGCUCAGCAGCCUAAACAACAACGUCACCACCGUGCUCCAGAGCGGGCACGAAGAAUCAGAUGAGGACGGUGAAACCGCCUCUGUUGACGAGCCCGCCAAUUCUGGGGACAUGGAUGCAGAUGUCUCUGCGCUCCUCGCGGCUGCGGGAACAGAUCAAAACAACGAGGCUAUGCCGGGUGACGAACUUCUAAAAGAACUCGCACAGGACCUGACAGUCAGCGAGAAGACCUCCCCACCCCUUCGCGAAGGGCUGGCGGCCAUCUUCAACAAUCUCUUAUCAGAAAAGAUGGGGGAGGAGAAACUAAAGGCAAAGCUAGACAAAUACCCCCGUCCAGAGAACGUACAGGGUUUGCGCACACCCAAAGUAAACCCUUCGAUUUGGAGCCAGCUCUCCCCUGCCCUGAAAGCACAGGAUGUCCGAUCGCAGAAAGGACAAAGCACCCUUAUCGGCGCAAUAACAGCCAUGACAAAGGCCGCCGAUUUGGCUCUGGGAAAAUACAGCCAAGAUAAGGAGCUGAUCACCUUGUUGACUGAUUCCGUUGCAAUGGCACUUCAGUACAACCAUGAGGUUAAUCACUCCCGACGCCUGGCCAUGAAAAAAGAGAUGCAUAAAGACUAUGCAGCCCUUUGUAAUGUGUCCACUGUGGAUGGCUCAUCAGAGCUCCUUUUUGGCGACCUGACAAAGUUAGCAAAAGACAUCACCGAGGGCCAACAAGUUGACCAAAAAGGUGCGCCCACAACAUUCCGGGAAUUCCCGUGGCCAUGACAAGUACGGUGGGCGCCCAGCGUAUGGCUCGCAGAGAAGAUUUCAGCCUUACCCUAGAGGGAAAACCUCGGAUUUUUUAGGGAAAAGCCGUUUCUCAAAGCCGCCAAGAAAGAAAAAGGACGGCGAAACGAGCCAGCGCCCGUAAAGGUGCCUGAGGUAUGUAACGCAGAUGCGACAUCUUUGUCUCUUGACAUUGUAAAUAGUUUGGUAAAUUCACAACCAAGUUUCCAAGCCGGGAAACUUAAACACUUUUUGCCGCAGUGGCAAACUAUUACAACCGACCCUUCUAUUCUUCAGAUUGUUACUGGAGUUAAAAUUGAAUUUAUAAACAGUGUUGCACCCACGCAACAUUAUGGUAGACCUAGUGUCUUCAACGCUUAUCAGCAUUCAAUUGUCACAGAGGAAAUUGAUACACUGCUCGCAAAAGGGUCAUUAUCCCCGCGGCACAGGAAACAGGAGAAUUUGUAUCCACAAUAUUCUUGCGGCCGAAAAAAAGAUGGCACGCACCGCACCAUUUUAAACCUCAAAGCCCUUAACGAAUAUAUAGCCUACCAUCAUUUUAAAAUGGAUACACUAGAGGCUGCAGUAAACAUGAUGAGACCAGGUUGUUUUAUGGCUUCGGUAGACUUAAAGGACGCUUAUUAUACCGUCCCUAUCCAUCCAUCUCACCAGAAAUACUUAAAGUUCUAUUUUGAUGGUGUUUUCUACACAUAUACCUGUUUGCCGAAUGGCCUAGCUAGUGCCCCGCGCAUAUUUACAAAAUUAUUGAAGCCCGUGUAUUCCACACUUCGGAGUAUGGGACAUCUCAAUUCAGGGUACAUUGAUGAUUCUUAUCUACAAGGAGACACCUCCAAGGAAUGUUAUAAAAAUGUAGUUGACACCGUCACGCUUUUUACUCAAUUAGGUUUUCAUGUCCAUCCUGAGAAAUCAGUUUUCAUCCCUUCCCAGAAACUGACCUUCUUAGGUUUUGUAUUGGAUUCUAUUGCCAUGACAGUUACGCCCACGGAGGAUAAAGCGCAACGGAUUCGGUCUGUCUGUGCUACGCUUUUACAAACACAAAUGCCCACAAUCAGACAGGUCGCAGAGGUCAUUGGCAUUCUGGUGUCCAAUUUUCCCGGGGCUCAGUACGGACCCCUACACUACCGCCACCUUGAACGGGAUAAAUAUCUCGCGCUCAUAGCUAACAAGGGUGAUUUCGCGGGCAAAAUGCAAAUCUCCCCUCCCGCGCUAGCAGAGAUUCAGUGGUGGCACAAUAAUGCUGACACUCUUAAACGAGAUAUUCACCAAGAUCAUCCAAGCGUUUCAAUUCAAUCAGACGCGUCAACACUGGGGUGGGGAGCUGUUUAUGGCACGCAGAAAACGGGGGGGAGAUGGACCCCUUUGGAACAGGAAUUUCAUAUAAACAUAUUGGAAUUACUCGCAGCAUUUUUUGCGUUAAAGUGUUUUUGCAACCAUAUGGGCAACUGCCACAUCCAAAUUCAAAUCGACAAUACGACAGCUUUGGCUUACAUUAACAACAUGGGGGGUUCAAAAUCACAACAACUUAAUGAACUAGCUGUUGAAAUUUGGGAAUGGUGUACUGCACGCAACAUUUGGCUCUCGGCUGUGCACAUAGCUGGUCGGCUGAACACUGGCGCUGAUGAACAAUCACGCGUGUUCUCAGAUAAUCACGAGUGGAUGUUAGACAAACACUCGUUUGACAAGAUCAUGUUGCGCCACCCCGGACUCGAUUUCGAUUUGUUUGCAAGCCGUCUAAACAAUCAGAUAAAUAGUUACUGCUCGUGGCAUGCAGACCCUAGUAGUUCACAUAUAGAUGCGUUCACUAUGAAUUGGAAAGGGCAUCAAUUUUAUGCUUUUCCACCUUUUAGCCUUCUUCCAAGAUGCCUUCAGAAGAUCAGUCACGACCGAGCACAGGGAGUUCUGAUUGCCCCUCUCUGGAACCCAAACGUGGUUCCCAGUCCUCCUACAGCACCUAUGCGAUCAGCCCUGGAUUCUGCUCUCACGCCCAGACCUUCUACAACACCCGUCACGCAGCGGCCCACAUCCUCUACACAAAAAUCUUCAUCUGAUGGUCUGUCCUGUGUCAGGGGAUCCUUCAGCCGUUACCACCUUCCAGAGGAGGUUACCGACAUUCUCAUGGCAUCUUGGAGAAAAGGCACUCAAAAACAGUAUGCCACAUACAUUAAAAAAUGGAUGGCAUUUUGUCGUGAAAGGAAAAUUGAUUGUUAUGCACCACCACUGAGCGACACCCUCCAUUUUCUCACUGACCUAUUUAAUCAAGGACUUAGCUACUCCACUAUUAAUACAGCUCGCUCUGCCUUAUCUACCAUUGUCAUGAUAGACGGGGAGAAAAGUUUUGGCAGCAAUCAUGUUGUUACACGUUUUAUGAAAGGGGUAUUUGAAACCCGCAAACCUAAACCUAAAUACGACAAAAUUUGGGAUGUUUCGGUGGUUCUGAAACAUUUAUCUUCCCUAUACCCCAAUGAAAAAUUGCCUUUAAAGGAUUUGACAUACAAGGCCCUUAUGCUUAUUCUAUUAGUUUCCAGUCAACGGGGACAAUCGAUACACUUGCUAGAUCUUCAGCAUGUUACCAUGGAAGAAGAUAAUUAUUCCUUUGACCUCGCUGAGCAUAUCAAGACUAGUACUCCCAGGAGCCCACAUACGAAGAUUGACAUUUCCGUUUAUGAGCCAGACAGUACAAUUUGCCCUUUGGCCUGUCUGAAAGCAUAUAUUAACAAGACAAAGAACUUGCGUAAUAGCGAAACUCAAUUGUUUAUUAGUUAUGUAAGGCCCCACAAACCUGUCUCUCGGGACACGGUUUCAAGGUGGACUAAAGAAACUCUUAGAAUUUGUGGGAUUGAUACCAAUGUGUUCACUGCACAUAGCACAAGGUCAGCAUCUGUUUCCAAAGCAAAUGAAAAGGACGUCCCUAUCCACGAGAUCAUGGCUAACGCGGGCUGGAAGUCCGCAGAGACCUUUCGUAAAUAUUACAACAAACCUGUUGUUCAAGGAAACAGACUAACUGCCGCUAUUCUUGGCCAGUGAAAUAUUUUGUUUUUUCAUGUGUGCUUUAUUGCAUAAUUUGUUACUGUUAGACCAUUUUAAUAUAACAUGUUUAUCAUUGCUUAUGUUUGGUCUAUUGUUUGUUGGAUUUCAUGCCUCUUGUUUGAGCGCAUGUCGUACGGGUGCAUCCACGCUUUGAAGUCUCAUGGGAUCUCUGCCUUCUGGUCAUGUGAUAGAAUUGGAAAAUUAAACGAGACUUACCUGUAAGUUGAAGUUUGAUUGAGAUUCUAUCACAUGACAUCAGAAGGCAAGAGAUCACAUGCCCUCCACAUAACACCCACCCGUUUUUAGGCAACUUGGUUGCUUUUGGGUUUUCUGUUUGGUGUCUUUAGCCUACAUGUUAUGUUGUUUUUGAUGCACCCAGUACGUGGCUUUUAAUUAUGACUUGCGCAAGCGCUGUGCUAUCUCAUGUGAUCUCUUGCCUUCUGAUGUCAUGUGAUAGAAUCUCAAUCAAACUUCAACUUACAAGUAAGUCUCGUUUAAUUUUCCAAUUAAUAGAGACUGUGUUUAAUUUCUGUUUCAGUCCUUGUUCAACAAUACGGGACUACCUGGAGGAGGGAUCAACGUCUCUGCCAUUUCACUUCAUACCCAUCUGGCAGGUAAAGCUAGUUACGAUCACCAGUAUCAAUGACCUCUCUUUCUUUUCUAAAGAUGCAAAAGAGUAUCCCGUCUCCUGACGCUCAGUCACGUUUCUUUUAUGUGCGUCGGUUGGUCGGGCUGUGGAAACUAAAACGUGAUCAUAACUAGCUGUUGAAAGAUAUCCUAGGCACAUGGAGAUAAAAUGACGACAGAAUUGUCGCCCAGUCGUUUUCUACGAGAAACUCGUCUUAGCCAAGAAAGUUAUAUAAUAAUAACUAAAUUAGCAAGUGAAAACAAAUGGAGGCGUCGAUAAGUAUGCUUUUUUUUUAGUUUUCCGUUGAAUGGUUUGCCGAAAAUGUUAGCCGCAAAUAUCUUAACCACUUUACACAUUUUUAGGAGAAAAAAUAUGGAAUGCUUUUUGUUUUAAUAGAAUCAAACAAAAUUAUACAUCAUGAUUUUAUUUCACAGUUAAAAUUCUUUUUUCUAGGACGCGCUUCCUGGACCAGGCAUAUCCGUAACGGAAAAGAACUUCCUGAGAUUGCCCGAGAUAAUCAUUACGACUUUAAUUUCCAGGUAUAGAAGUUGAAGUUUCAUCAAAACGGCAACUCCCUUUUUUAUGUUUUGCUAGUCUAAGACAAAGCAUUUGCAGAUAGGUAUUUUUAGCAGAUAAGGGUUAGACCCCCUCGUUUAUCGCGGUUCGCGUGCUUAGGUUUUGCGUGCAGUAACUUAGUUUGCAAAGAAAAAUAGGAACCCAUGCUCCCAGUCUAGAUAUGGGUACACUCGACGCUUACAAACUAUGUCCUUGUCUUGAUUUGCAGGAUAGUCAAGUUUUAAGAAAAGAAGUCAAUAUUCAACCGGUGAGUAAUCAAAACUAAAAAGAUAGGUGGCGAGUGUGGCAGUGGUAAAGGAUAAACAAUAGAAUUUGUGGUGGUGAAAGCGGUGGAGGGAAAACAACAGAAAUGUGGUGUUCGUUCUAGUUUUGAUUGUGGUGGAGGGAAAACAAUAUAAAUGUCGUAGUGUUGGGUGGCGGUGGUGAUUGUGGUGGUGGUUCUAGUUUUGAUUGUGGUUGAGGGAAAACAAUAUAAAUGUCGUAGUGGUGGGUGGCGGUGGUGAUUGUGGUGGUGGUUCUAGUUUUGAUUGUGGUGGAGGGAAAACAAUAUAAAUGUCGUAGUGGUGGGUGGCGGUGGUGAUUGUGGUGUUCGUUCUAGUUUUGAUUGUGGUGGAGGGAAAACAAUAUAAA